ACAGAUAUUCUCAUCUUAUCGCGCGCGCGAUGUGCUACGGUGAAAACAACGCAGGCCAUGCCGUUUCCUACUUCAAUAGUCAGCUCAAAGGCUUAUGGGAUAUAUCCGAAGAAUGCGCUGACCAGCACCUCGACCCUGACGCGAGGUUGAAACCUGACGCUAGGCAACACCGGUACUCGUUUGCUUUGUCCGAAUUCUACUAUGGGAAACAUCGUCAAGGAAGCUCGGCAUCACUGGAUGACAUGAUGUUCCAUGCCGUCUUUAGCUCCCCAAAGCUGCGUUUCAUCUGCAAUCACGAAGCCCUCUUCCGUAUUGAGGUCGAAGAAGGGCAUUUCAACCUCGACUACAGCCGUGCCUCAGAGAGCUCCACAGCAGACAGGGCGCGGAAUCGAGACAUCCCUAGUGGCACAUCUUUUGAGUUUCGUAUUCCGUUCAGGACAACUGGAAUAAAGGGCAGUGCCUCGCUGAUCGGGAAUGGGAGCCACGCUUUCACCCUGCUAGUCCUCGAAUAUAGAAGAGCGAAGCUGAUGACAAUCAGUCGGGAAACCGACCAGCCGUCGUCCCAAGCUCUUGAGUCGUAUCUCCAAACGUACCUCGCUUUCCUACAGUCCGCUGGCCAUCAUGUGCUGUUUUCUCUUCCCAAUUUCAGCGAUCUAGAGGAGGAGCUACAAAUCGACUAUUCCGAGGUCGUGGAUAGUCCUCUACACCUGCAAGAAGUCCACGGGGUCGUGAUCGCCGACAUCAACAGAUAUCUGUCAACUUUGUGGCUCAAAGCCGCCAUGCUCGCCAGCGGUCCGGAGGGGCAAGUCCUCGACCGCCCUGGCAUAUCCCUCGCCGAGUACCGGAGUACAUGGAUCUCACAGAGGGCCGACAUUCAUUUCCAUCUCACGUUCGGAGCUCCGGAAGUCGUGGCCUUAUGCAACGACGAGGUAAUCGUGCACUAUGUUAUCGACGAGGCAUAUUUCUACAAGUCCGACAACUUCGACGGAGAGGCGCUUCGGACUUACCAGAACUGGAGGGUCGCUGUUGUCUUUGACCUCCACCACGAGAAGCCUGACGAAGAAGGUGGCAAUGUGACUCGAUGUAAGCUCAACAUGGCUAAGCCUCGACUCCUACCCCAAUUCUCAAGUUUUGAAGGUGUUGAAGAGGAAGACCAGAUUGCCGUACGCUGCAGGUUUCGCGCAGCCGAAUUCCUCUCGGGAGAGUAUCUGUCGGUCUUGGAGGGCGGAGGCUUCCAUGUUAUCUACUACCAUGACCUACGCUGGCCGAAACCGGGGGACGAGACUGAGAACGUGGAAGACUUUGUAUCCCCUAACGAGGCUUCAUGGUCCGCCACCGAUGUUAUCGAGGAUGCCACCGGGAAGAUCACGAAGACUGCCAUCUGGCGCAACAUCACACAGGCCAGCGACAUGUGCGGCUUCGACCAGAUUACCGCGCUGUCGGAGACUGCCAUCAACCACAAUUUCCACUCGCUUUCCGCUACCCAGCCACUGCUGCAGCGCUGGGGAUACGAAACUUGCUUCAGCGUCAACUUCAAGCCUCCGACCGUUCGUUUACGUAGCGACGGCCGAGCGCUGGUGUCUUUUCAUCUGAAAGAUGGUUUUGUCAGGGCUCUGCCCUACAUGCGACGCUAUACGUUCCGUCCACGAUGUGAUCACUGCGGCUCCUGUGUUCAUAAUUCAACUUGUCGCGAUGUUUCCAAAAGAAAUUCAGUGCUUCGUCUGGGCGUCCGUCGACACGCAACGGAUGAGGUGGAGGGCUGUCUUGCCGGUCUGGAUGCUCCGCCCAAGUGGUGAGCCUGAGGUUCCACUGGUUCUGCUUCAUUCCGGAGAAGAUUGGGAUAACGGUCGUCGUAGCGUUGAUCUGAGAAACGAUGGGAAGGAGUUUGCCCUUGAGGAAAAGCUCCGCUGAGAUGCCGACGGUGCCGCACGACGAAAAUUUGCCCGCGUGAGCUACCCAUUCCGUCGAGUACUGGAAACCAGAAGGGAUCGAGUGUCGAUCCGCGCAUAUGCCGACGAUGACGAUUAUGGGCUGGAAUACGCGAGAGUUGUCGCUCCACGUGUAAGACAUGCCCGCGUUUUUAUUCGAGUAGACUUGGUACAUGAAGUGUGUAAGGCGGUGCGGGAAUUCGGCUGAUUCCGUCUUCCAGAUUGGUAUAGUGUAAAGGAUAUGGUGUCCGGCAGAGACGAGCUGCGGCAAGUAAUAUUGGCGUAGGUAGUAGACCGCGGCCUGGAUCUUGUCGAUGAAGCGUUUGUUCUGCGCGUUGUGAAGGCCUUCAAAGUAGGACAGCUCGUGGAGGA